AUGACCGGCGACCAUGCAGAGCUCAUACCUAUAGAGGUUCUAGAAAGAGAAAGAAGAGAAGCGAACAUGAGAACAUAUCAAAUCGAACAUUCGAAUUCAACACAGACGGGAAACAGAAGGCAGCCACGGGCUGGAUGCUAUCCUCUGAACUUCUCUCCCUUCAAAAUGACAGCAUCUCUGAAUUCAUCUGUUGGUUUGAAUCACCUUGAAAUCAAGCGAGAUAAGAACAGAGUACUGCAAUUGUUGAGGGAAGAAUUCAAAUCUGUCUACUUUGACGAAGUUGUUAGCCCACAAAUGGGAAUGAAGGAUUUCUCAGCCACUGACGACGAGCUUGAAAACGAAGAUUCGUCUAUCAAGGAGAUGAAAUCAGCUGGUUCUAAGUCUGCUCUAAACAAGUCUCCUUCAGGCUUGAGGUGGCCACUUGUCUUUCGCAAUCAGCAUUCAGACAGAGAACCUCUGGUGCCCAUGGAGAAUGAUGCUCGCAAAGCACUUCCUGAAAAUUUGUCUAGGCAUUCUAUCUGUGUCAUCGCAAAACCAAAGAAAGAUGUGUCUCAUCGGAAUCGAAAGUCACAGAGAAUCUACUGCUGGAAACCAAGAAUGGAGAAGCGAGCCUAA